CAGUGAGAUUGCGGCAAACAUUCGAAUACAACAAAUUCAUCCGAGAAAACAAAGAUUUAAACAUUUACGUAUCUUGCUAGCGUGACACUGAAAAUUCCUGUCUUUUUCUUCAGGCGUCGAACGAAGAAUCUCAAACAAGGAAGGUAAUUGGUAGUGAAAUUAUAACCAUAGCCUACCGGUGACCAAUACUUACGUAGAAUUUGGGUUUCCAAGAUGACGUCUACUGAGCCAUUGGUUGUGGACUCUGUUUUCCUGUACGAGAAGGAAAAUGCAGUGACGCAUCACACAGGAAAUUACGAACUUGUACAUCUGGAGCCACCAACGCCGGUUCUCCGACGAGGGCAGCCCUUCAAUUUGGCUGUUCGUUUCAACCGACCAUACGUCGACUCGACGGACAUCGUUCGUUUGUUGUUCAGCUUUGGUCCAAAUCCUAAUGUGAUAAAGGGAACCAGAGGAGUCAACACUGUCACCAACAGAGAUACUUAUCUACAUGAUUUAGAAUCCUGGGAUGUACGUAUGGUUGGUUCCAACGCGGAGGAUUUAUCCGUCGAAGUUCGAAGCCCCAUUGACAGUCCAGUUGGCAUUUGGCAAAUGAAUAUAGAAACAACGACGUUGGGGAGUAAGAAAGCGCCCAACACCUUUGAUCUCGGAAAAGAUAUUUAUGUCUUGUUUAAUCCAUGGGUAAAAGAGGACCUUGUCUACAUGGAAAAUCAAAGACUGUUGGACGAAUACGUGACAAACGACACUGGAAAGGUCUGGGUUGGUGCUUUGGGAAGCUGUCGUGGCAGAGAAUGGGUUUUCGGUCAAUUCGAUGCCUGCGUUCUUCCGGCUUGUCAAAUGUUGCUUGAAAGAUCGGGAAUCAAGACAAUGUCUCGUGGAGAUCCCAUUAAAAUGACUAGAGCUAUAUCGAGAAUUGUUAAUUCAAACGAUGAUAAAGGUGUUCUUACUGGUCGAUGGGACGGAGAGUACUCCGAUGGAACUGCCCCCGCUGCAUGGACUGGCAGCGUACCAAUCCUGGAGCAAUUUUUCCAAACUGGAGAAGCGGUCAACUACGGACAAUGUUGGGUCUUUGCCGGAGUAGUGACGACCAUUUGUCGGGCUUUGGGUAUACCUUCAAGGGUCAUCUCGAAUAUGGUCUCUGCACACGAUGCAAAUGCCUCUUUGUCCGUUGAUCGUUAUUAUAACGCUGAUAAUGAAGAGCUCGAAUACGAUCCGGAGAACCCCCUGGGCGAAGAUUCAAUUUGGAAUUACCACGUGUGGAAUGACGUGUGGAUGGCCAGACCAGAUCUUCCCAAAGGAUACGGUGGUUGGCAGGCGAUUGAUGCUACGCCUCAGGAAACUUCGGAUGGAUUUUAUCAAUGUGGACCAACUUCUGUUGAAGCAAUCAGGCAAGGUGCCGUUGGAUACAAUUACGAUGUUCCAUUCAUGCUAGCUUCCGUCAACGCUGACUUAAUGCGGUGGAAGGAAGAUAGCGAAAGUGAUUUCGGUUGGAGUAAAAUAGACUGCAACAAGUACCACAUUGGACGUAUGAUUCUGACCAAGCAACCGUAUAUUUUUGACCCAAACGGUGACAAAGACAGACAAGAUAUCACUAAAGAUUACAAAGCCAAGGAAGGUAGCGAUGCGGAGCGCUUAACUCUGUACAGGGCGGUCCGUGGUACGGAGAGGGCAAAGAAGUUUUACGCAAUUCCAGAUCCAGCUAAGGAAGACGUUGAAUUUGAUCUCGUUGAGAUCGACAGAGUCGACAUCGGAAAGCCUUUUGCCGUGACAGUUCGCAUUAAAAACAAGUCUACCCAACCACGCAAUAUCAGUGCGAUUUUGUCAGCCGGAAGUGUCUUCUAUACCGGAGUAAAAGCCAAUUUGGUGAAAAGGGCAACUGGCGAAUUUACCGUUCAGCCCGGUGGCACGGAACAAUUGAAAUUAACUGUAACUGUCGAUGACUACCUGGAUAAGUUGGUUGAGUAUGCCAUCAUGAAGUUGUAUGCUAUCGCUACAGUUAAAGAGACAAGACAAACGUGGGCAGAAGAAGACGAUUUCCAGGUUUUGAAACCAACUAUUACCAUUAAGAUUCAAGACGAGCUUUCAGUUGGAAAGCCAGCAGCAAUUUCGUUGAGUUUUACAAACCCGCUGCAGAAGACCUUGACAGAGUGUAAAUUCAACUACGCUGGUCCAGGAUUGGCGAGAAACAAGACAUUGAUGUUCAGAGACGUUGCUCCAGGUGAGCUUGUGCAUGUGGAACAUCAAUUAAUCCCGCAGAAGGCUGGGAAACAAACGAUCAUCGCUACUUUCACAUCCAAGCAACUCGUUGACGUCACAGGCUCACAGUCGGUUGAAGUAUUCGAGGAUUGAAUAUUUACUCAGUAUUCAGACCAUAAAUUAAGUAUUAGAAUUAAGAAACUUUUUCUGCAUUGUAUUAUCACUCUAAAAUUUCUUCGCCGAAAACAAUAGACUGCGAAUAUUAUAUUGCUUCUACAUUUUGGCAGAUUGUUGAGAAGUCACUACUUACGACAAUUGCAGUGUCCCAUAGUCAGGAAUUUUGUACGGUAGGGGACAGAUUAUUUUUAUAAACAAUUUCAGUAAGUACAGUAUAAAUAUUCGAGUUUCAUUUUUAGGAAACCGAAUCGUGCCAUAAUUUUGAUCCUGUAAGAGGAUAUGAUACUAUCCUCAUAGAAAUUGCGUAAUUGAAACUUAAUUUUUGCGAUUAAAUAGUAGUACAUAGCGCAGAUCAUACUUAUGUUAGCUCUUUAAAUAUGUAGCUAUUUCCACUAAUUCCAUUCAUAUUAGUAUAGUUCUUAUUACUUGAUUUUUGUAACAUUUUAUACUUCUAUGACACACUCAGAAUAAAUGGGGUAGUAUUCAG